UCAGAUUCUUACGUGAAUGGAACUGCUUUCCAGUGCUGUCCGACAGUCAGAUCAACCCGACCACAUGAGCAAAGAGCGGUGAAACCCGCCCGGACCGGGUGGGGUGACAUGCGGAACCAGGUGCAGAGGAGAAAAGUGAAAAGUGGUGUUCCUGAUGUAAAGCCGGCAGCGUUUAUUAACAUGAUAUUACACUGUCUGAAAACGGGUUUCCACGUGUGAGAGGAGCCAACUGUGCUCUGCUUUGAACAAACAGACACUCCGACGGGACUUGAUGGUUUAACUUGUCCCUGGGUUUGUUAGAAAUGGCAACAAAAUGCAGAUUUUUCCUUCAGAGGGUCCUUACAGGACUCAGAGCUCAUGCUGGGUGGUAUCACCAUGCUUCAGGUAGAGGACACCUGGUGUGCAGAACACCAGUCAGACAGCUGAGCAGCUCCAACAGACUCCACAUGUCUCCCUCUGCCACCACAGGUCCCAGCAGCCUCUCGUUCAGGACUCACACCUGUGGACAGCUGAGGUCACAUCAUGUAGGGGAGAAGGUCACAUUGUGUGGCUGGGUCCAGUAUCUCAGACAAGACCUGUUUGUCAUCCUGCGAGAUUUCAGCGGUUUGACCCAAGUUCUGAUCCCUCAGGAAGAUUCUGCUCUGAAAGCAGUGCUGUGUGACCUCUCUGUGGAGUCAGUCGUCAAGGUUACGGGAACAGUCAGAAAAAGACCAGUUGGACAGGAGAAUAAGGGGAUGCCAACAGGAGACAUAGAGGUCCUGGCGGAGAACUUGGAAGUUUUCAAUGUUUGCCGGAAGCUGCCUUUUGAGAUAAAGGACUUUGUGAAAAAGUCUGAGUCGCUGCGGAUGCAGUAUCGCUACCUGGACCUGAGGUCAUCUCAGAUGCAGAACAACCUCAGACUAAGAUCCCAGCUGGUGAUGAAGAUGAGAGAGUAUCUCUGUAAUGUGCACGGUUUUGUGGAUGUUGAAACACCUACUUUAUUCAAACGAACACCAGGGGGCGCUAAAGAAUUUGUUGUUCCCUCCAGAGAGCCGGGCCUGUUUUACUCUCUGCCCCAGAGCCCGCAACAGUUUAAGCAGCUGCUGAUGGUGGCUGGAGUCGACAGGUACUUCCAGGUGGCUCGAUGUUACAGAGAUGAAGGCUCCAAACCAGACCGGCAGCCAGAGUUCACUCAGGUGGACAUAGAGAUGUCUUUUGUGGACCAGGCAGGCAUUAUGUCGCUGGUGGAGGGCUUGCUGCAGUAUUCUUGGCCUGCAGACAAAGGUUCUCUAAAGGUCCCUUUCCAGACAAUGACAUAUAAGGAAGCAAUGAGAGACUACGGUGUGGACAAACCGGACACUAGAUUUGGUAUGAAGCUGAUGGACGUCAGUGAGCCUUUCUUCUCCACUCAGAUAGAAUUCCUCAGAUCAGCUCUCAGCCAGUCAGAAGGCUCGAUUCAGGCCAUCCGUGUCCCCAGUGGAGCUACACAUUUCACUGGAAAAGAUUUGGAAGAACUGAAGCAAACAGCCAGGACUCAGUUCAGACAGGAGCUGAGUCUGGUGUUGGUGAGAGAAGACGGGACGUUAAAGUCUCCUCUGAAGAAGCUGAUUCCUGACUCUGUCACAGAGGACCUUCUGAGGAGGACUGAAGCCAACCCAGGAGACCUGUUGCUGCUAGCAGCUGGCUCUCUCCACACUGUGCGCCCGUUGCUUGGUAGUCUUCGCCUCCAGGCAGCACAGCUUCUAGAGGCUCAUGGCCUUUCAGUCCGUGACCAUGCGGCCUUCAACUUCCUGUGGAUUGUGGACUUCCCUCUUUUCUUACCAAAAGAAGAUAAACCAGAGGAGUUGGAGUCAGCUCAUCAUCCUUUUACUGCUCCGCGACCGGAGGACAUGGAGUUACUCUUCAAGGAGCCAAACAAAGUGUGUGGGCAGCACUAUGAUCUGGUACUGAAUGGCAGUGAGAUCGGAGGAGGUUCCAUCCGCAUCCAUAAAUCCUCAGAGCAGCUCCAUGUCAUAAAGAACAUCCUCAAGGAGGAUCCCAGUCUUCUUUCACAUCUGCUGGAGGCUCUUGAUUCCGGAGCACCACCUCAUGGAGGCAUCGCUCUGGGUUUGGAUCGGCUGGUCUCCAUUUUGGUCGGAGCUUCCAGCAUUCGCGACGUCAUCGCCUUUCCCAAGUCAUUCCGCGGCCACGACCUCAUGAGCCACGCCCCUGAUUCCGUGUCAGAGGAAGAGCUGAAGCUGUACCACAUUUCUGUCCAGUGGCCAACAGAGGGAGGAGGGGAAGGGAAGUGAGACAAUGACAAACCGACAUCCGACGAGAUGAAAUCUUUCCAAAUUUCUGUCCUGGAAAGCAACAAUAUAGGUGUCGAUGAGGUCACAGAGAUGGAGGAGUGUAACAUCCCUUCCAUGUGGUCCGUAGGAACAUUAAGGAUGAGAGAAUUUAAGAGGAAAAUGAUGCUGUGGCUUUAUUUCUACGACUGAAGGUUAAAAAAAUCAUGCCACAAGGACAGAGUGUAAAGCGGAGCCAUCUUCUGGUUCACUGUAAAGAAACACUUUAUAUCAACUGUUAUAUCAAAACUUAUAUGGUCAGAAAGUUAGUUGUUUCUCAUAUUCAUACUUUAUAAAAUUGAAUUUGUCGACCACGUUACUGUGUAGUUUUUGUACUCGACUCUUAUAUUAGUUUGAGUGAUCUGUGUGUUACAUCCUCGUCAAUAAGAAUAAAGCUUUUGUGAUAAAAUA